AUGUUGCUGUGGGAGCAAAUCAAACUGAUGGUAGAGAAAGAUGAAAUAGGCUAUUUCUAUAGGUCUGAGGAAUCAAAGCUAAAGUACUAUAAGUUAAAAGAGAAAUGCCAGAAGGAAGGUAUUACCUUGUACCAGAAUCUUGUGGUGCAUUCUCUUAAUUGGUAUACACAUAAAGAAGGAGUUCCACUUGGUAAAAAUGGUUUACCUGAUGAUAAAGACAUAAUAGUUAAAGAACUGAACCCCACACUAUUUGCAGAUCCAUCAGACUACAAGUUUCUUGUAAAUGAAUACGGAUACGAUUUUCCUAAGAAUCUGAUCCACUUAUGCUUAUGGUUUAAGAACUUUAUGGUUCCUGAUCCCAAAAGUGACGUUGGUGAUAUCAGUAUUGAAACAAAGCAUGUUAUUGAGAGAGGACUACAGAAUUUAUUAGAGCCUGUGGGUGUGAAACGAGAUCAAUACGUAUGGUUCAAAAACUGGGCAGCAUUACAGAGUAUUCGAUUGUUAAGUCAUGUACAUGUGGUUAUAGUAGAUUUAACCUCUGAACAACUUGCCCAGAUUUUAGCAUUGUAG